AAGAGAAACCCUGGGCUGAAAAUUCCUAAAGAAGCAUUUGAGCAACCACAGACAAGCUCCACGCCACCCAGAGAUCUGGACUCCAAAGCCUGCAUCUCUAUUGGUGAGGAGAACUUUGAGGUGAAGGCCGAUGACCUGGAGCCCAUCUCCGAGCUGGGACGAGGUGCGUACGGGGUGGUGGAGAAGAUGCGGCACAUGCCCAGCGGGCAGAUCAUGGCAGUGAAGCGGAUCCGAGCCACGGUGAACAGCCAGGAGCAGAAGAGGCUGCUGAUGGACCUGGAUAUCUCCAUGAGGACUGUGGAUUGUCCCUUCACUGUCACCUUUUACGGGGCACUCUUCCGAGAGGGAGAUGUGUGGAUUUGCAUGGAGCUGAUGGAUACCUCACUGGACAAAUUCUACAAACAUGUCAUUGACAAAGGCCUGACGAUUCCUGAGGACAUCCUGGGGAAAAUCGCAGUCUCUAUUGUAAAAGCACUAGAACAUCUCCACAGUAAGCUCUCCGUGAUCCACCGAGAUGUAAAGCCCUCUAACGUGUUGAUCAAUACGCAGGGGCAGGUGAAAAUGUGCGAUUUUGGGAUUAGCGGUUACCUCGUUGACUCUGUUGCUAAAACCAUGGAUGCAGGAUGCAAACCCUACAUGGCUCCUGAGAGAAUUAACCCGGAGCUGAACCAGAAGGGAUACAGCGUCAAAUCCGACAUCUGGAGCCUGGGGAUCACCAUGAUCGAGCUGGCCAUCCUGCGCUUUCCCUACGACUCCUGGGGGACGCCCUUCCAGCAGCUCAAGCAGGUGGUGGAGGAGCCAUCGCCGCAGCUCCCAGCAGAGAAAUUCUCAGCGGAGUUCGUCGAUUUUACCUCGCAAUGCUUGAAGAAGAAUUCCAAAGAACGGCCAACAUACCCAGAGCUUAUGCAACAUCCUUUCUUCACCCUGCACGAAUCCAAAGAGACAGACGUCGCCUCUUUUGUCAAGCUCAUCCUGGGAGACUGA